AUGUUUGACCAAGCCAAGACUAUGGGUGAUGGAAUGGUUGAGGACCGAAACCACUGUGGAGCCCAUUCAGUGCGCCGAGAGCGCGGCGGAGACGCCAAAACCCGGACAGAACUGGGGAGUCGCGGUUCAGAUGACAAUCAUGCCGGGACAUCUUCAUCCACCCCGAGCUCCUCCAGUGAGGACGGACACGAUAAACUGCUUGGAGUGGACCCAGACUACUGCCGCAGGAUUUUAGUCCGAGAUGCUAAAGGAACGAUCCGUGAGAUCGUUUUACCGAAGGGUUUGGACUUGGACCGGCCGAAGCGCACGCGCACCUCCUUCACCGCUGAGCAGCUGUACCGGCUCGAGCUCGAGUUCCAGCGCUGUCAGUAUGUGGUGGGGCGCGAGCGCACUGAACUCGCCCGCCAGCUCAACCUGUCCGAGACUCAGGUGAAAGUAUGGUUCCAAAACCGGCGCACAAAGCAGAAGAAAGACCAGACCAAAGACUCAGACAAGCACUCUUUGUCCAGCUCAGAGUCUCUGGCCACAUGCAACAUCCUAAGGCUGCUGGAGCAGGGGCGAUUGCUCUCAGUGCCCGCACCACCUCCCAACCCGCUUCUGGCACCACCAUACACUGCCAAUGGCUCACUCCUUGGUGGCCCAUCGAUUUCCUCCACUUCACCUGUGGUGAGUAAUGCAGGGACACCUCCAGCAAUUGUGGCGAGUGGUGGGACAUUUGGCCUGUCUUUGUCCUCUCUUGGUGCUACGCCACCCUCACCAAGGCUUGGUGUUGCACCCCCACCACUCUUCUCUGUGCCGCUAAUAAGUGGCGCUCAUCAUGAACUCACGUCUAGCUAUGGGUGCGGAUCAUCAGCAUUUGAGCCCUAUACAAGAACAGAGAAAAAAGAUGGGGAUGGAAAGAAAACAAUUUCCUAA